AUGUUGUGUUUACUUGUAUGGGAGAUAGGAGGUGCAAGCAAUAUUAGCACCUAUGCAUUUUUUCGUGACCUUCGCGACAGCAGAGUGGCAGGAGCUCGACGUGUAUUCGGCGGCGCUGCAGCAGAACUGAGGGAGUUUCCUGCCACUUGUGCUUUGCUUGACCGCUACUGGACGACGCGAUGUUCAGCUUCAGUUCUGUCACCGCACUGGGUGCUCACAGCUGCGCACUGCGUCUCUUCACGCAUUACCUAUAUCAAAUACAAUACCCGGCGUCCAAUCUUCAAUGAAGGGAACGUUGCAGCUGUUCAUUACUUAUACCAACAUCCUGAGUAUAGAGUUUUGCAAGAGGACGAUGGCCUUGGCAUGGACGUUACGCUCCUCCACCACGACGUGGGACUCAUUCGAACAAGGGAUGUGAUGAAGCUCCACGUUUCACUACCGUCUGAUUCCUUGUUGAACUUUCGUCGCUACGAUCCGAUGAAUCUUUUACACAAAGAAGUUCAAGUGCUGGGGUUCGGGCGCACAGAGAGCACGGUGCUGGGCGAGGAGCUGUGUGCGGCACGACUGCGUCUGACUUCGUGCAAGCGUGCCACUUGGUACCACGUGAUCUGUGCUAGAGGCGAUCAGCACGGCGGCGUCUGUACCGGAGAUUCGGGCGGUCCGCUGCUCUUUGCCGGUACUCAGAUCGCCGUCACUUCUAUGGGCCCUCAGACCUGUGUGAUUGCCAUUCCAGCGCUAGCCAGCGUCAGUGUAUUCACAAUACUGCGUCCUUAUAUCGACAUUCUCAACGCAACCAUUACAGAUACUGAUACAGCGCUGCGCAUGCGUAUGAUCUCCGCCGCGGUAACAUUCUAUCAAGUCUCGGGUAAAAUUAUCAAUUUUAAUGUUGUUAGUUUUUGUUUUCUUUUGCAUGCUGUUAUCAUUCAGAGUCAGAUUUCAGUAAAUAUUUUUAUUGUUUCUUAUUUAUUAAUACAUUUUGUUUUGUAUUCGUGA